UCCGCCAUGUCCGCAAUGUCGGCGUAGACAACAGCUUCCUCUGCUUCUGCAUCCUGCGUCUCCCCUUCCUCUCCGGCUGCCUGCCGCGUCAGCUCCCUGUUUUUUCCUCCCUCUCUCCUCCCUGCCAUGCUCCGGGUCACCUCGCUGUUGCUGCCUGCCCUGCUGUUCGUCCUGCUGCCGGGCUCGGGCCGUGGAUAUUUCACGGAGGAGCGCUGGAGCCCCGAGUCUCCUCUCCUGGCUCCCCGGGUCGUCAUAGCGCUGGUCUGCAGGAACUCGGCCCACUCUCUGCCGCUGUUCCUGGGAGCCAUCGAGAGGCUCAACUACCCCAAGGAGCGCUUAGCGCUGUGGGUGGCGACAGAUCACAACAUAGACAACACCACAGCUAUCCUUAGAGACUGGCUCAUCCAGGUGCAGAAUUACUAUCAUUAUGUGGAGUGGCGACCUGAAGAUGAACCCAGUGACUUCGAGGACGAAGUGGGGCCAAAACACUGGAAUAAUCUCCGAUAUGAACAUGUGAUGAAACUCCGCCAGGCAGCGCUGGACACUGCCCGCGAGAUCUGGGCCGACUACCUACUGAUGGUCGACUGCGACAACCUGCUCACCGACCAGGAUGUUUUGUGGAAGCUGAUGAGGGAAAACAAGACCAUCGUUGCUCCUAUGCUGGAGUCCAGAGCUGCUUACUCCAACUUCUGGUGCGGGAUGACUUCGCAGGGUUACUAUAAGCGUACUCCAGCCUACAUGCCCAUCCGCAGACGGGAGCGUCUGGGCUGUUUUCCUGUGCCGAUGGUCCACUCCACCUUCCUGGUGGAUCUGAGGAAAGAGGCCUCCGGUCAGCUGGCUUUUUACCCACCGCACCCCGAGUACAGCUGGGCCCUGGAUGACGUUAUCAUCUUCGCUUACUCUGCUCGUAUGGCAGACGUGCAGAUGUACGUAUGCAACAGAGACAACUACGGGUAUUUCCCAGUGCCGAUGCGUUCACAUGCCUCCAUGCAGGAUGAAGCAGAGAGCUUUGUGCACACUCACCUAGAGAUCAUGGUGAAUCAUCCUCCAUUGGAGCCCUCCAGCUUCCUUUCUCUUCCUCCCAAACAGCCAAACAAGAUGGGCUUUGAUGAGGUUUUUAUGAUAAAUCUGGUUCGAAGAGCUGACCGUCGGGAGCGAAUGCUGAGGACCUUGUACGAGCAGGAGAUCAGCUGUAAGGUGGUUGCUGCUGUGGAUGGCAAAGCUCUGAAUACGUCUGAUAUAGAUUCUAUGGGGAUUAAGAUGCUCCCUGGAUACAAAGACCCUUAUCACGGACGGCCUCUCACCAAGGGGGAACUGGGUUGUUUCCUCUCUCAUUACAACAUCUGGAAGGAGAUUGUGGAACGCGGCCUCCAAACAUCCCUGGUCCUGGAAGACGACCUUCGUUUUGAGGUGUUCUUCAAACGCCGGCUCCAGGCGCUGCUGCAGGAAGUGACUACUCACAAGGUGGACUGGGAUCUGAUAUACAUUGGACGAAAGCGGAUGCAGGUGGACCACCCAGAGAAGUCUGUCCCAAACACCCACAACCUGGUGGAGGCGGACUACUCCUACUGGACGCUCGGCUACAUGUUGUCCUUACGCGGAGCCCAGAAGCUCCUAAUGGCUGAACCUUUGACCAAGAUGCUUCCUGUCGACGAGUUUCUGCCCGUCAUGUACAACAAGCAUCCAAUUUCGAAGUACAUGGAUCACUUUGAGAAUCGGGACCUGCAAGCUUUUUCCGCUGAGCCUCUCCUGGUGUAUCCGACACACUACACUGGAGAUCCGGGCUACAUCAGCGACACGGAGACGUCAGUGGUCUGGAACAACGAGACGGUAAGAACCGACUGGGAUCGAGCCAAGUCGAGGAAGACCCAGGAGCAGGGGGAGCUGAGCUUCGAGGCCCAGAACUCGGACGUGCUGCAGUCGGAGCUGGAGAACGUGAGCGCGCGCGACGAGCUGUGAAGAAGAAAAAGGGAGGAGUGAAGGAUGGAGGGCUUCGGCAUACAGAUAAGAGGGAGACAGAACAAAGCUGUGAUGCAGAGUGCAGUGGAAAACAUGGAGGGAACAGGACACAAAGCGAUCAAAUAAAGACAAAGAGGCAGAGCUGAUGGGUGCUUUGUUCAUGAGGAGGAACAGUUUUCCCUUGUAGAUUUCUCGUUCCACUAAUGGAUCUUUCUCUUGAGAGAUUAGAUGUAGAGUUAACUCUUGAAGAGUCCGCUUACAGCUUUUGGUUUAUUUAUUGCAGCUGACACUCAUGCCUUGCUUUAAGUGUGAUCCAGUAAAAAUAUACUCAGUGCAUCUCAAAAGCAAUAUAAGAAGAUCUGAAAGAAAAUGGCCACAUAUGGUUACAUCUGUGCAACUCUAAUAAAAUCCUUACUUCAUUA